AUUCGCACCCAACAUCGAUAUAUAUUUCAAAAAUAAGGCAGGACCUGGACCCGGACGAAGCGUGCGCGAGUCUGUGAGUUGUGCUUUCACCUUCCGGAUCUUGUCGGGCACUCGCAUCAUCAGGAAAGAAAAAGAACAAGAAAAGGGAAGCAAGGAGCAACCGGGCGAAAGAAACGCACCGACAGGCUACAUAAGAUAAAGGUAGCGAAAGCAGUCAAUCAACAAAUCAAACCAACCCUCUGCGGAUCCGGGGAAACUCUCUCAACCAACCAAGCCCCCCCUCACCCUCCGUCAAGACUUCAAUCAACAUGGCACAGCGCGAGUCGUUCAUCAUCAAGACGCCGUGCUCGAGCGCCAACAUCGGACCCGGCUUCGACGUCAUCGGCCUCGCGCUGUCCAUGUACCUGGAGCUGCACGUCACCAUCGACCGGACCAAGACCAGCUCGACGCACCCGCUCAACUGCCGCGUCACGUACGAGGGCGAGGGCGCCGGCACCGACGAGAUCAGCCUCGACCCCCAGGUCAACCUGCUCACCCGCGUCGCCCUGUACGUGCUGCGCUGCCACGACCAGCGCAGCUUCCCCGUCGAGACCCACGUGCACAUCAAGAACCCCAUCCCGCUGGGCAGGGGGCUGGGCUCGUCCGGUGCCGCCGUCGUCGCCGGCGUCAUGCUGGGUAAGGAGUGCGGCGGCCUGCACCACCUGACCCCCGAACGCCUGUUCGACUUUUGCCUCAUGAUCGAGCGCCACCCGGACAACGUGGGCGCUGCCCUGUUCGGCGGUUUCGUCGGCACCUACCUCAAGCCGCUCGCGCCCGAGGACGUGGCGCGCGUCGAGAUCCCCCUGAGCGAGGUGCUGCCCGCUCCGGCCGGAGGCGUCGACACGGGCGCCAGGCCGCCCGCGCCGCCACACGGCAUCGGCCAUCACAUCAAGUUCCCCUGGGCGCCCGAGAUCAAGGCCGUCGCCAUCAUCCCGGAGUUCGAGGUGCCCACCGCCAAGGCGCGCGAGGUGUUGCCGGCGCAAUAUCCCCGGCCAGACGUGACUUUCAACCUCCAAAGAAUCGCCCUCCUCCCCGUGGCUCUCGGCCAGUCGCCGCCAGACCCGGAGCUCAUCUACCUGGCCAUGCAGGACAAGCUGCACCAGCCGUACCGCCAGACGCUGAUCCCGGGACUGACCGAGAUCGUCGAGUCCAUCACGCCGUCCACGCAGCCUGGUCUCCUGGGCGUCUGCCUGUCCGGCGCCGGGCCGACCAUCCUCGCACUGGCAACCGGAAAUUUUGAAGAGAUCGCCGAGCGCAUCAUCGCCCGGUUCAAAGAGAACAAGAUUGUGUGCAGCUGGAGACUGCUGGAGCCGGCCGAGGGGACCACCGUGACCAGGGCGUAAGGCUGCGCCGCGGGGGAGAAAAGGAACAGAAAAAAAGAGAAAGAAAGAUAUUAAUCAAAAAGUAAAGAAACUGAAUAGAAUCGUGAUACCCAUUUG